AUGGGAAGAGGAAAGAUUGCAAUAAGGAGAAUCGACAACUCCACGAGUAGGCAAGUCACUUUUUCAAAGAGAAGAAAUGGGUUGCUCAAGAAGGCGAGGGAGCUUUCCAUACUUUGCGAUGCUGAGGUGGGAGUUAUUGUCUUCUCUUCCACUGGAAAGCUUUACGAUUUCACCAGCUCUAGUAUGCAGUCGGUGCUGGAACGUUACAAGCAGUUGAGGGGGGAAGGCUACCAACUACGUAAUCCAGCUUCAGAAAUCAAGCAUUGCCAAAGAAAGGUCGAAAGCUUAAGACAACAGCUGCAGCACCUGCAAGAGCACCACAGGCAAUUGAUGGGAGAACAACUCUCUGGCCUCAGCAUCAAAGAUCUGCAUAAUCUAGAAAACCAACUAGAGCAAAGCCUAAAAAGCAUCCGUGCCAAUAAGGAGGGAAUUUUCUCUGCUGACAUAAAAGAGCUGAACCUAAAGGGAAAUGUGAUGCAUCAGGAAAACAUAGAGCUUCACAAGAAGAUCAGUCUCUUCCUUCAGGAAAAUAAUGCAUUGAGAAAGAAGGUAUAA